GAUGAUCCUCCUUGUACUACCAAUCUCGGCGGUGUCCAAACGCGCUGAACCUCUGCAUCUCCGGUGAAUGCUUGCGUGUGUGCGCGCAGCUUCAUGCCACCUCACUUUUGCGCAGUAGCUUUGUUCUAAUGCAUAGGGUUCGGAUGCCACUUCACAUUUGUUGAGGAUAGCUACGACAUAAAAGAGCUCAAGUUCCCCGCUUCGACGAGCUGAACACACAACAUUCCUUUCCACUAAUUCGCAAAUCCUUCAGAAUGUCGACUGUUGUUAUCACUGGCAUAGGCGGUAUGGGCUUGGCCAUUGCCCGCCGUCUGGGCAGUGGGAGACGCCUGUUACUUGCAGAUUAUUCUGAAGACGCUCUCAAGAAAGCCGCAACGACAUUUGGCGAUGCCGGGUUCAAUGUUGAGACCAAGCAAGUGGACGUCGCAGACGCAGAAUCGGUUCGCUCGUUUGUCGAGCAUGCGAAGAACUUGGGUAAUGUCGAGAUUGUUGUGCAUACUGCAGGCAUAUCGCCCACUGGAGCUCCAGCUUCUCGGAUCUACGAUGUAAAUCUCGUCGGCACCAUUCAUGUCGUGGACGCUUUCAAAGACAUCAUCGCUCCUGGAGGUUCCAUGGUCUGCAUGGCCAGCACAGCAGGCCACGUCGAGUUAGGCCUUCCUGCUGAAAUCAAGCAACAUCUCACUACGGCAUCUCCAGCCAAAGUCCUCGAAAUACCCGCCAUCGAUCUCGAAAAAGAUGGGGGCCAAAAAGCCUAUUGCAUUUCUAAAGUGGCCAACAUUCUACGCGUGAAAGCCGCGUGUAUCGAGUACGGGAAGCGAAAUGUGCGCAUCAAUACCAUCAGUCCUGGAUUCAUCUCGACGCCCAUGGGACAAGAUCUGCUCAAGGGUGAGCUGGCAGGCCCGAUCACCCAGUAUAUCGAGGCACAGCCCCUCCCUCGCAAGGGUACUGAAGAAGAUAUUGCAGACGCGGUUGUCUUCUUGACGAGCCCACAAGCCAGCUUCAUAACAGGCGCGGAUCUGCUUGUCGACGGAGGAGCAACAGCACUGCCGAAUGCUAUGUAAUUGAAAGUGUGGAAUAAUCGAAUGGCUUAUCAUCUCUCUGAUCCAUCGAUCGACCACGAAGCCACAGUCUCUCUACGAAACCCUCCUUCCCGGAGCGCCUGCUUACAUAUUCUUCAACAAAUACAGCAUACCCCUC